CCUCAUCGACGACCCGCCGCAAGACAAACGCCGAAGCCGACGCCAUGGCUGACAAGACCGCCCCCGCAAACCCUAUGAAGGAGCUCAAGCUCGAGAAGCUUGUCAUCAACAUCUCCGUCGGCGAGUCUGGUGAUCGCUUGACGCGUGCCUCGAAGGUGCUCGAGCAGCUCACCGGUCAAACCCCGGUCACCUCGAAGGCCCGUUACACCGUCCGUACCUUCGGCAUCAGGCGUAACGAGAAGAUCGCGGUGCACGUCACCAUCCGUGGCCCGAAGGCUGAGGAGAUCCUUGAGCGCGGCCUCAAGGUCAAGGAGUAUGAGCUCCGCCGCCGCAACUUCUCCGAGACCGGCAACUUCGGUUUCGGUAUCCAGGAGCACAUCGAUCUCGGUGCGCGGUACGACCCGGGCAUCGGUAUCUUCGGUAUGGACUUCUACGUCGUGAUGGGCCGGCCGGGGAUGCGGGUGGCGAGGAGGAAGCAGAAGAAGGCUCGCAUUGGUUUCUCGCAUCGGGUAAAGAAGGAGGACACCAUGGCAUGGUUCAAGCAACGGUUCGACGGUAUCAUCCUCAAAUAAUCGUCUCGCCCCUCAUUGCUUUCGCUUCUUCUAUGUUAUGGCUAUCCCAUGUACCAUGCAUGCCACACCAAAAUCCAUGGUCACACUCUGUGCUGCCGGAUAUCAUCGUACCGAGUGAUUCAUUGUGUUUCACUGGAAAACAUAGACGGCUCGGAAGGCCAAAGCAGUGGCAAUAUACGAACGUGCAGCUCUGAUUCGC